UCUGCUCACGUUUCGCCGCUGGUGCAGAUUUGUGAUUUUGUUCAUUGUGAACUGUGAACAAGAAAAUGCCAUUUUGAUACGUAUUUAAACACAUUGCGGAAUAGAACUUCUUACUUUCGAAUUGUGAUUACAUCGGUAUCUUAUUCGGCGAGAUAUUGUAGACCAAGCGUUGGCGUCCUCACGCCUGUAUCGCGGGUGGUUCGCCCCCACGAUUUGCACGCUAUUGAUUUUUAAAAUCCUUUCAAGAUGAUGAUGUAUACGGGAACCAGUACGGAGCAGGACACUCGCUUCAGUGAUAAGGAGAAGAAACUGAUGAAGCAAAUGAAGUUUGGGGAUGCUUUGACACAGCCGGUGGACAUGUCGAAGGUGAAGCUGGACAUCCUAAAGCCAUGGAUCACCCAGAAGAUCACUGAAAUCCUGAAGAUGGAAGAUGACGUGGUCAUCGACUAUGUCAACAAUCAACUUGAGGAGAAGUUUCCUUGUCCCAAGAAAAUGCAGAUCAACUUAACUGGUUUCCUGAACGGCAAGAACGCGCGUCUGUUCAUGGGCGAGCUGUGGGAACUUCUACUCAGCGCUCAGGCCAGCGAGAACGGUAUCCCGGAGUCCUUCACGCAGCAGAAGAAAGAAGAGAUUAAAAAACGAAUGGAGGAGCAGUUGAAAGAUAAGGACGAGAAGAAGGAUCGCCGGCGUUCGCGGUCGCGCUCGCGGUCUCGUCGCCGCUCGCGGGAACGACGCCGUUCCAGGUCCAGAUCGCGCGACCGCUCGGGAGAUAGGAAACAUCGCAACGGAGGCAGCCCGCGUCGCUCUAGGAGACGCAGCCGCGAGAAGAGGAGCAAGUCCAAAUCACAUGUCGACGAAAGCAAGCCCGAACCCAAAGACAAUGUGAUGCCACAGGAGUCUGUCGUUGAAAAUCAAAACGGGAAGUCUCCAGAGACGAAAGAAGAUGUGGAAGUGAAGGAAGAGCCGAGCGUAGAUACGAAUGAAGUCGUUAAAGAAGACAAGGACGUCAACGAGGUCGUCAAGGAAGAUAAGGUGCAAGAAGAACGUCCCAAGUCCAGAUCUGCUUCGCCGGCGAAGUCGACUGCCGAAAAGGAGGUUGUAGAGAAGGUCGAAGAAAAGCGCCGUUCAUCCAGUGCCCGCCGAUCCUCCUCUGCCUCAUCGCGUGGUAGUGCCAAGAAGCAAUCAUCACAUAAGAAGCGACAUUAUCGCUCCAAUCGCGAUUCUUCUGGCAGUGCUAGUCCCAGACGCAGCUCACGUAGAGACAGGAGCAAGUCUCGUCGCCGCAGCAGCCGCCGUCGGUCACUCGAUCGUCGUGAACGGGAGCGCGAACGUGAACGCGAGCGGGAGCGAGAACGCGAACGCGAACGCAGGAGGCGCGAGAGAGAUAGAGACAAUCGAGAUAGGAGAGAAAGGUCGCGUGAACGUCGCCGAUCGCUUGAAAGACGCAGACGCUCGCGUUCACGCUCUCGACGACGUUCAAGGGACAGGUCCCGCGAUCGUCGGCGUUCUCGUUCCCGCAAGAGGUCCCGGUCGCGCCGUCGUUCCGGCCGUGGCUCCCGGGAUCGCCGUUCUAAGGAUCGUCGAUCAAAGGACCGUCGCUCUAGAGAUCGCUCCCGGGACAAGAGGUCAAGAGAUCGCACAAAGGACAGACGGUCCCGCGACAGGAAAUCUCGUGAAAGGAGGUCCAGCGACUUAAUUAAGGAACGCUUAGAGAAAUCCGUGUCCAUUCCUCGAAAAGAAAACUUGGACAAGUUCAAAAAGUCAGUGGAACGAGUGUCAUUACCACGUGAGCGCUCCAAAGAACGGGAAGUUUCUGUUUCGAGCAGAACGUCUUCUGUUGGAAACGAUAAAUCUGUUGUCGAAAAAGACAAUCAAGUAAAACGUCAAACUAACGAGGAGGAGUUCAGAGAAUAUUUCAUACCAAUUCCUCCCUUGCGGGAGUAUUCCAAGAGUUUGUCCCGUACUCCAUCCCCUUUUCUAAGGAAACACGAAAUUGAAAAUAAUAAGAAAGAGAGGUCAGAGCGCUCGGGUGACGAAGCUUCAGGAAAGGAACAUGUCGAAGAAGAGGCAGAAAAACCCCCAGAAGUGAAAAAAGGAAAACGAAAAAGUCGUCAAUCAGAAAGUGAAAGCGAGAGUGAGGAUGAAGCCGCGAAAUCUAAAAGCAAAGCCAAGCUUAAACGCAAGGAAAAAGCCGCUACAAAGAAGGCAAAGAAACCGAGAAAAGAGAGCUCAUCUAGUGAGAGCGAAUCGGAUGAUUCAUCUUCUAGCGACUCGGAAGAAGACAGGAAAAAGAAAAGCAAACGCAAUGCUAAAAAGAAAGUGGCUAAAAAAUCGAAGAAGAAAAAGGCUCGUUCCUCCAGCUCAGACUCUAGUUCUGAAGAGGAAGUAAAACCUAAAAGUAAAUCUAAGCAGAAGACUAUUUCGGAAGAGUCGGAAACUGAUAAAAAAACUAAGAAGCGUAGCAAGGAUACUAGUGUCGAUAAACCAAAGUUAGAUAAAGGUGAAAAACAAAAGUCCAAGAAAACGGAACACACAGAUGACGAUAGUUCAGACAGUGACGAGAAAACUACGAAGAAGAAGGCUGUAAAACGCGAUUCUUCCAGUUCCGAAAAAGACGCAAAGCGCAGCAAGAAAACAGACCCAGUGAAAGAUAAGGUGGCAUCACCUGAAGUUGUUAAAUCCCGAAAAGGAGAUGAAAAAACUGUGAAAACUAAACACGUCGAUGAGACUAAGUCCAAAUCUCGCGACGAAAGUGAAAAAAAGGCAAAGAAACGCGAGAAGGAAGAGUCUUCUUCGGACAGUGAUCAAGUCACAAAGAAAAAGGCUAGAAAGAAAGUUUCCGAAUCAGAGUCUGACUCUGAUAGUGACGAGCCAAAGAAGGCUAAAAAAACAAAGAAACACAAGAAGCACUCGAAGAAGCAUAAGAAACACAAAAAGCAUAAGAAAUCAUCAAAGAAGAAGGAUGAUUCCUCUGAUAGCGAUGAGGCUGAAGAAGAAGAAGAAGAGGAAGGGAAAGUAAAUACUGAAGAUUUAGAAAAAAAACUUCGAGAACGGGCUUUGAAAUCUAUGAAAAAGCAGACUAGUGUGUCUGGUUCCGAUUAGCAUUAGGUGACCUACCAAUAUUCUUCAAGAUACAGUUGCAACAAUGACGACUAUAGGAAUAGCAUGUUUUAUUUUACGGUGUACUUCGAUUAUUCUUCGA